GGCUUGUCUCUAUAUAGAGAAGGAAAGGCAGUAAAGAUCAGACAGAACACUGAAAGAGAGAAAGUGUGUUCAACUGCUUAAAAAGUACUUGAAAAGAGACCAGAUCACAUUUCUUCACUGGAUUUACCGCAGGAAGGAUUUUAUUACACUGAACAAGAUAAGCAAUGUGGAAAGCUUUGAUGCUGGCCGUCAUCACAGUGCUCCUCCUGCUGUUGGAAGGGGGAACGUCGACAGGUAUCCGCACCAGACGAGACCUGGCCCCACCGUUGCACUCCAGGGGAAUCCGAGAUCCCUACGGCUCCUACUGCCAGAGGAGGGGAGGCUGCUGUCCGGGCAGAAAUGACCAAUGCACUGUCCCGUACAUGGAUACGAUCUGCUACUGCGACCUGUUCUGCAACCGCACCGUUGCCGACUGUUGUCCUGACUUCUGGAAUCACUGUUUGGGGACAACACCUCCUCCCAACCUCCAUUCCUGUGAAAGAAACGGCCACAGGUUUCACCCAGGAGCAACCUACAAAGAGAACUGUAACUUAUGUACAUGUGGUCCGAAUGGAAGCUGGGAAUGUGAGCAUCAUGCUUGUCUGAUAGAUGUUGACAUGAUCCAGGAAAUCAACGGAAGAGAUUAUGGUUGGAAGGCAGCAAACUACAGUCAGUUCUGGGGUAUGACCCUGGACGAGGGUCUGCGGUAUCGUCUAGGCACACAGCGCCCGUCCCGAACCAUUAUGAACAUGAAUGAGAUGCAGAUGAAUAUGAAUGGAAACGAUUAUAUGCCAAGUCACUUCAACGCAGCAGAAAAAUGGCCUGGGAAAAUCCACGAGCCGUUGGAUCAGGGCAACUGCAAUGCAUCCUGGGCCUUCUCAACCGCAGCUGUGGCGUCAGACAGAAUCUCUAUUCAAUCAAUGGGUCACAUGACCCCACAGCUCUCACCCCAGAAUCUAAUUUCCUGUGACACGCGUCACCAGGACGGCUGUGCAGGUGGCCGUAUCGAUGGGGCCUGGUGGUACCUAAGGCGAAGAGGAGUAGUGACAGAGGACUGUUACCCGUUUUCUCCGCCCCAGCAGACCCCUGCUGAAGCAGCUCGCUGUAUGAUGCAGAGUCGAGCGGUGGGCCGGGGGAAACGGCAAGCUACAGCGCAUUGCCCGAACAGCCACCGCUACGAAAAUGAAAUCUAUCAGUCAACCCCACCAUACAGACUGUCAUCUAAUGACAAGGAGAUCAUGAAGGAGAUUAUGGAUAAUGGACCUGUGCAAGCUAUCAUGGAGGUCCACGAGGAUUUCUUUGUCUACAAGAGUGGAAUUUACAAACAUACAAAUGUCAAUUACCACAAAUCGCCGCAGUACCGCAAACACGCAACUCACUCCGUCAGAAUAACAGGAUGGGGAGAGGACAGGGAUUACAGUGGCAGAACACACAAGUACUGGAUUGCUGCCAACUCUUGGGGGAAGAACUGGGGUGAAAACGGUUACUUCCGCAUCGCCCGCGGUGAGAACGAAUGUGAGAUCGAGACGUUUGUUAUUGGUGUGUGGGGCAGAAUAAACAUGGAGGACAUGCACGGCCAUCAUCACCAUCAUGGAAGACGGCAAGUAAAGCAGUGAGAUCUCUUUGUGUAUAAAACACAAAUGUCAAUCAGGUCCAUGGCAGGUCUGAGUUUUCAACAAACUGUUCCUGUUCCUUAUGAAUAUAAAUGGUAUUUAUAAAACAAUGAAGUCCAGUGCCCCCUUUAGUCUAAAUAUACAAGUACACCAUCUUAGUGUAUAGUUUAAUAAAAAAAUUACUGUAUAUGUAAGGAAUAAGUGAAGAUGGGCCAUUGAAUUAUAAGAAAAGCAUGCACACCCAAGGUGGUAAUCCAAGGUGCAUUAUUUUCAAAUAAUUCAAAGGACCGGAGUCAAUUAUUCCGCUUAUACCACGGUUACCACAAACAUUGCUCUGGUGCUUAUUUUAAGACAUUUGACAAGUUAGGUGUGCGGUUAUUGAAAAAUAAUGCACACCCGCAAACAUUUCUCAACCAAUCAGAUUAAAGCAUUCAACAGACCCGUGGUAUAAGCAGCAAUUAUUGUUAGUCUUAUUGGUGGAAACAUGAAACCUUGAUACGCUCCUUUACUGGACCACAAACAGCCACAGGACUCAAAGCACUCUGGAGCAAAUAACCAAAGACUUCACAGGCACCCCGCAUCACCACAUCACCAUCAUUUCAAUCAUGUCAGAGUGAUGUAUAAGGAUGCGUCUUAACUUUCAUAUUGUUUUGAAAGUCUCCAGUCUUAAAAAUGGGUUGGGAGUAGGAUGGGAGAUGGUGGUUUAGGACCAAUAAUUUAUUUUGAAAAUACUUUAGAUUAGAUUUAUGCAACAUUUGUGUGCAGUUUAAGCUUUCCAGUGAACAAAGUUUGAUUUUAAGCAUUUAAAUACGUCAAUUUGUAAAAAGAGGCACUCCAGUUAAAAGCAAUUUUGUUUUAAAAUCAAAUUGUUAUGCAUUUUAUGUUAGCUAUUAAAUGUGUUAGUAAAAAAUAUGCCACAUUCCAGAAAGUUGGAUCUACUUUAAAAUAAUACUUCAAUUGUUAAAAAAAUUAGACUUAUGCAACUUUAAGUUUACACUUUUGGUAAAAGUGCUACCAAUUGAAGUGAUUUUUAAUUUAAUCCAACUUUUACUUUUUACAGUGCAGUUUAAAACACACAAAUCGUUUCUCAGUAGGGGAAACUAAAAUAAAAUCACUACCAUUUUUAAUCAGUUUGAGUUUAAAUGCAACGAAAUAUUCCCAGGAAUAUACUCAUUUUUACAGGUCAAGGUUCACUGUAGUUUUGUUAGGCAAAGAAACACUGUUUUUCUGUUUUACAAAGAGAAUUUAAUUUUUGAAUUUAAUAUUGAAACAAAUGUUUUUCAUGACUGAAGAUGCUAAAAAUGCAUCUGUGCGAUCAAAGUCAUUUCAGUUUGGUUCAUAUCACCCAAUGUGUGUUGAAAGUUACUGUGUAGCACAAAUGAUGUUUAUGCUAUUCUAUUAAAAAACUCAACAGUUAUCAGAAUUAUAAAUCACCCUGUAAAAUAAUGGCUAAAGUGAAUUUAUGCAAACUUAAAGUGCUUAAAGUGUCAUUUGCUUGAAACCAUUACUGUAUUACUGUAGCUAUACUGUGCUGGAAAACACAAAAUAAAGUAAAGUAAUAUAUAUAUAUAUAUAAUUCAGCAACGAAAGCUGUUCUUUCAAGUCUUACACUAUUGUACUCUGAAUUCAACACUGUACACAAGCAUUCUUAUAUCUGUUUUGUUGAAUUAAGUGAUGUUGACCGAAUAUAUUUUUUUAUCUUUUUUCUUUGCAUUUCAUUUACAAUAAAAACUGUACACUAUG